CUGACAAUACACGCUCGAUCUACUGCAAUCAUCUGGCUCUGGGUGCGAAUUGCGAAUGAAUUAUCUUUCGCUGCGAUUUUUUAGCUAAAUAUUGAGGAGAGAUUUUGUUUAAAUAUAUAUUUUGUCAAAACUGAAAGUGAUCAUUGGGAAGAUCAUCAAUUUUCACUCUUUCACGUAAUAUUUUACAUAAUUGCUGUAAACUGAUGAUUAAUCUGAGUCCUUGAAGUAUUUUGCGAAGAAAUGUGAAUCAAUGUAAUGUCAUAUGAUCCUAAAAAGGAAAUGGCAGGACAGCAGUUAUUAGACAAGAGUUGUCUCAAUGAAGGUGAGAUGGAUGUGGCUGUGCCGGCGCCGAGCCCCAAGCUGUGCACUGUGGAACACUGGAAAGAAUUCCUGUGUGGAGGUGGCUCAGCAUUUUGCAAUAUACUGAUCAGCUACCCUCUGAAUAAACUUAUUUUUAGACAGAUGAUGCAUGGAGUGGAGACUAAGAAUGCUUUAUUUCAACUUAAGAAUGAAGGGCUAGGGUACCUGUACCGCGGAAUGCUGCCACCACUCAUGCAGAGAACGCUCUCCAUGUCCCUCAUGUUUGGUGUUUAUGAUGAGUGCCUACAGCCAUUACUCAAGCAAAAUGUAAACCCUUAUAUUGCCAAGUCAGUGGCUGGAGUGAUUGCCGGCUGUGUAGAGGCCACUCUUAUGCCAUUUGAAAGAGUACAAACUUUACUCAUUCAUCCAAAGUUUCACAAAAAAUUCAAAAACACUGCAGAUGCGGCCAGACACAUUGCUAGGCAUUAUGGAAUCAAAGAGUUCUAUAGAGGACUAGGACCAAUAUUGUUAAGAAAUGGACCGUCUAAUGCCAUGUUUUUUAUCAUCCGUGAUGAGUUGCGGCAACGGCUCCCUAAGCAAGAGCAUGUGUUAUAUCAAAGUAUACAGCACUUCCUGGCUGGAGCUUGUAUAGGAGCAUCUCUAAGCACACUAUUUUACCCCUUGAAUGUAGUUAAAAUAGCUAUGCAAUGUGAGCUAGGCGGGCCACAUAGAACAGUUGUAUAUGGAUUUAGAUAUGUUUUAGGGCAGCGUGAUUGGAAAUUCACUAACUUCUACCAUGGAGCACUGCUCAAUAUAUCACGAGCAUUUCUAAGUUGGGGUAUAAUAAAUGCCUCUUAUGAAGUUUUUAGAAAAUUAAUAUACUGCUAGUCAAAAUUGCAUUGCUUGAACGAUUAGUAUUGUGAUUCAGUGUUAAAAGAUUUCAUUAUGUUUUGUUAUUUAUUUGAAUAAGUGACUAUGGUGCUGUGGUGUAUUAUUAUAUCUGUUUAUAGGGGUUUCAUGUAUCCCAGUGAGACAUCGUUAGAUAUAUGCUCCACUGGUAUCGCACCAUGACUCCGGCACCGGGCUUCGCGGCCCGAAUGCAUGUUAACAUAAUGUCUGGUCUGGUAUGCCACGUAUGUCAAGACAAUAGGUCUUGAUAUGUAUAUAUAUAUUUAUGUAUAUAUAUUCUGCGUUCUAUACUAUAACACAUGUACCUAUCUGGCCAGAGGCAAUAUAAUUUAUGCUUUGAAAGAGAAUAUGGUGCUGUUUGUUGUGUGCUAUCGCUAGAUGUCAUUUAUUUAGAAAAUUAAUGCCCAUUUUGUUACCGAUUUGAUUGAUAUGGAUAUCUAGUAGUAAUAUCAAAAUUCGUAUUUGACUACUUUCCAACUAGUUAAAUCAGAUACAUUUUUGUAAUUUCAAGAACGUAAUUAUGAAUGCUUUAAAAAAAGUAAAUCAUGUAAUUAAUAAAAUUGAUCAAUUCAAGUGACAAUUGUAUUUGGUUAUUUUGAUACCAUUUUCACCCUGUCAAGUAGUCAGUUGUGGUUCAUUCUCUAUAUCACAAAAUAUCAGACACUAGUGUUUUGCUUGCAAUUGUUGAUGAGAACAUGGGAUGGGAAAUGUUAAGAGUUGAGAGUUUUGUAUUCAUCACUAUGUACAUGUGAAUAUUAAUAUAGUAAUUUCGCAAAGAUUCCCCGAAUACAGUAUUCCUUUUAGUAUAAGCAGCACUCAUGUUUGUGUACCUAUUAUUAUUUUUUAUUUAUUGUAUAGUUUAUGUUAAUGUUUAUGUAAUAACUUAUUUUGUUUUUAUUAUGUUGAUUAAUGAAGCAUUUACAAAAUGUAAAUACCAAUGAUGUUUUUUUUUUAUUUAAUGAAUCAUGAGGAAUUAGGAGUGUGAAUACAAAUAGGAAAUUAUUUAAAGAA